AUGGCGGCCAAUAAGGUCGACGAUGGCUCUGAGCCCAUCAACUUUCGAGCGGCUCUCGCCGCCUUUCAAAAAAAGAGCGCUACCUCUGAUGCUCCGUCUGCAUCCAACUUGCACUCGCCCAGACCGCGUCCACUGCAGCCAGCUAGUGGCAGACAGCCUCCUCAAACACCUGCUCGUCCUUCUUCCGGCCUCGAUCCUGUAUCCCGAUCUUCAUCCACUCCACGGAUUCGCAACAACUCAGACGGCCUCAUUUCGCCCUCAAGCAACAAUCCUUUUGCAUCCAAAUCGUCACUUCAUCCUUCCUCGGCCGUACCGUCUACAUCAGCCUCAGGCAUGCAAAGUGGCCCCUCUUCCGCUGGGCAACCCUCCAUCUGGCCGACGCUGCGGAGAACGGGGAGUGGCGUUAGCCUGAACGAGCUCACAGAAAGAAGCGUACCUCUCCAGCGCGUCAACGGCUAUUUGGCGCACACCCUGCCUCGAUCCAGAAGCAGAUCCAUCAUAGGCAACGAGCCACUAGAUCCGCAUUCCAACGGCGGCUCUGCCUCUUCUUCAGGGCGGUCCAGCCCCUAUGUCCCUUCUCGGGCUAUCCAUGGUCUUUUUCCCGAUGAUGCCGACUCGCACUUCAGUCAAACAGUCGGUCCACCCACCACGCAGCACAUGCUCGACACCAGCGCAGACGAUGCCAUGUUUGCGCACGCCGUCAUGGAGCGCUCUGCUCCUCUUGCUUCGCCACGCACACGAGAUCUAGCAGAGUCCGACUCGUACCUCCUUCCACCCCAGGUGCCAUCGCGUAAAGGAAGCGCCUCGUCAGGUCACUCCACAGCUGCUUCCAUACCGUCGCCCAGACUCCCACCUCGGCCCGCGGCUGCGAAUGCCCUAGCUCCAAGCCCGACCAUUUCCGAGUUUGGCCAGUUUCCGGCUUCUUCCUCUGGCAGCGCUACAGCUCCAUCCAGAGCAAAGACGGGUCUGGCGUAUGCAACGUAUACGCCUGGUGCCAAGCGCAACGCUCAAGGUCAGGACACAGGUGCAACACCGCCCGCACUGCCACCUCGUAGCGCGACUCUCGGUCAAGCAGACAGGACGCCCCUCCGGACAGAACACGGCAGCCCUGUUGCGAGACGUGCUCCCACUAUCCCCAGGAAGCCGGUCGCUACUCCGACGAGCGCAAUGAGCAAACCGAUGCCGCCUCCGCGACCAGCAAAGGUGGGCGAAGGAACUGCACCUGAAAAGCCAGCCUCGGCGUCCCAGCCACCCCCACCACCUCGUCAGCGCACGAUCUCGGUCCAAAGCCAUCGCGGUUUCACCAACGCCCCUACUCCUGGCGUCAGAACGCACCGCAAGAGCGGCAGCAACGUCUUCACCAGCAUCAGCCUCUCGGACGACGCCAGCGUCGAGCUCAAGCGCAGUCUCGAAAGCGACAUUCACGACGCUCCCUCGCAGCAGCUACCGCCGCCGACCCGCGGCAAGCCGGGAACCUUUGCGGCGCUCCCAGCAUCCGCUCGGGCUUCGUUCAGCAGCACCGCUUCGGGCAACUCAGGUGCCGGUGGCGUGGUGAGCUCUCUCAUCGGCAGUGCAGCUUCGGCGAUACCGCUGUUCAAGUCGUCGAGCCCAUUCAGCGGGACGAGAUCGUUGGCGGACGGAGCGCCGUCGAAGCAGCCCUACUUUUCGGGCGGAGUGGCGGUGAGUCGGAGUGCAAGUGCGCAUUCGGAGCUGUCGGGCGAGGGGGAGGCCGCGCUGUGGGGCGCAGGGAGGACGGUCCAGCUGGCCGACGAGACGAGUGUCGUCAGCAAGACGCAGGGCGGAGGACUGCUGAGGGAGCCCAAGGAUGGGAGUGCGAGGAGGCGGUACGAGGCGCUAUUCGACGAGCUGCUUGUGCGGCAGAGAUCAAAGAAGAGGGUGGCGAAGGACUCGGGCCCGAGUUCGAACGCUUCCACCAUCCGCGAUGCCUCGACGGGUGCAAUGGAGCGCAAGCCCAGCGGCGGCGUCCAGGCGCUGCGAGGAUGGUUCGAGUCGGACCCAGCUACCAACACCGGCUCCUCCACCACCGCGCCAUCCCUGCAGCCAGCCCCAGUCGUCACGGACACACUCUCAGACUCGCCCACCACGCUGUCGCGCAAAACCGUACACCGCAUAUGGUCGCGCUCCCGCCUGCCUGCUUCCCUCCUGGGUCGCGUGUGGGACCAAGCCGCUUCGUCUGCUCCGGGUUUGGAAAAGGAACCCUUCACCCGCGCCAUGGCCGCCAUCGAUGCGGAGCUGGAACGCAAAAAGCAUCGUCGCGAAACAAGACGUGCACGGCAGAGCAAGCCCAGGAACAGAGAGUCGACGACAGGCUCGGCGAGAAGGAUGCCCCCUCCGCCGCCGGCUGCUGCAGCAUCCUAG